GGGAACAGCGGCUGGAAAAGGAGCACUUUAGAAGGUUGGCAGUUCGCUUUUCCACGCGAUCCCCCCCCCGGGACAGCGUGCGAGGGAGACUGGGAGAGACACACCGAGCUCCGCCCGCCCACGUAGGCAGGAGUUCCAGGAAGCGGCAGGCGUGCUUGCGUGCUUAGAGACCUGCUCGCAGCCUGUCUCCCCCGCCUCCGAGCCUAGCUCCUUCCUUAAGGCGGGGCGGCUUCCCGCGUCAGCCCCCUUUUGGGGUGGGAAGGAAGUGGGGAGGGGGGAGGAAGACCAGCGUAGAAAAGAGCUUCUUCUGUGCCGCGUUGUGAGAGACGGAGCGUUGCGGCUUCUCACGGGAACAAAGAGGCGCGAAAGCGAGGACUGAGGGGGAAAGGGGGGGAGGCCGAGAACUCCUUUUCUCCCUCCAACGGCCACUGCGGAGAUGAAAGAAGAGUGAAGAGGCAUGGAUAUAACAUGAAUUGCCUAACAUGCUCAGAAAGGAUAUGAAUUUUGUAAAAGCUUAUUCCUUGGUGAACUAGAUAAAAGAUGGAUGAAUCAGCCUUACUGGAUUUGUUGGAGUGUCCUGUCUGCUUAGAACGCCUUGAUGCUUCUGCAAAAGUCUUGCCUUGUCAACAUACAUUUUGUAAACGGUGUCUGUUGGGCAUUGUGAGCUCCCGAAAUGAGCUUCGAUGCCCAGAAUGCAGGACGUUAGUAGACUGCAGUGUUGAUGAACUCCCCAGUAAUAUUUUGCUGGUUCGGCUACUGGAUGGCAUCAAGCAGAGGCCUCGGAAACUUGGUGGUGUGGUGAGUUGCACAAAUUCAUUAAAGGUCCAGACUAGCACUAUUGCUAACUGCAUUCCAAAAGACCUACAAAGUUCUCAAAGUAGUCAGCAGCAGAGAGUACAAGCACGGAGUCCUCCUGUUAGGGGUGUACCUCACUUACCUUGUGCCAAAGCAUUAUAUAACUAUGAGGGGAAAGAGUCUGGAGAUCUUAAAUUCAGCAAAGGAGACAUCAUCAUAUUACGUCGGCAAGUUGAUGAAAAUUGGUAUCACGGAGAAGUUAAUGGUGUCCAUGGAUUUUUUCCUACCAAUUUUGUCCAGAUUAUUAAACCUUUACCUCAACCUCCACCUCAGUGCAAAGCACUUUAUGACUUUGAAGUUAAAGACAAGGAAGCAGAUAAGGAUUGUUUACCCUUCUCAAAGGAUGACAUUCUGACUGUGAUUCGCCGAGUAGAUGACAACUGGGCUGAAGGAAUGUUGGCUGACAAAAUAGGAAUAUUUCCUAUUUCAUAUGUUGAGUUUAACGCAACAGCGAAGCAACUGAUAGAAACGGACAAACCCUCAGGUUCUGCAGUAGACUCUGGAGAAGGCACCUCUGGUGCAUCCCACAGCAGCUCAGUUCAAAAGCACACAGAUACCAAGAAGAACACCAAAAAACGCCACUCCUUUACCUCCCUUACCAUGUCCAACAAGGCCUCACAGUCUUCUCAAAAUCGUCACUCAAUGGAAAUCAGUCCUCCUGUCCUCAUCAGCUCCAGUAAUCCCACUGCUGCAGCCCGCAUAAGUGAACUUACAGGCCUUUCCUGCAGUGCACCUUCUCAGGUUCAUAUUAGUACCACGGGGCUAAUUGUAACCCCACCACCCAGCAGUCCAGUGACAACAGGGCCUUCAUUUAACUUCCCACCUGAAGUCACCUACCAAGCUGCUCUUGGUAAUAUGAAUCCCCCUCUACCACCACCACCUCUCUUGUCUGCUACAAUAAUUGCCCCAACUUCUACUGGGCUGCCUUCAGGAGCGACUCAAAAAUCUGCACCGGGAUCAACUGAGCAAAUAACACAUUUGCGACCACAGACAAGACCAAGUGUGUAUAUUGCUAUUUAUCCGUACACUCCUAGAAAAGAUGAUGAACUGGAAUUGAGGAAAGGUGAGAUGUUCUUGGUAUUCGAACGUUGCCAGGAUGGCUGGUUCAAAGGAACAUCCAUGCAUACAAGCAAAAUUGGCGUGUUCCCUGGCAAUUAUGUGGCACCAGUUACAAGGGCAGUGACAAGUGCCUCCCAAGCAAAAAUACCUGUGUCUACUGCUGGUCAGACAGGGCGGGUGGUGACUAUGGUUAAUACUUCAACUGCUGGAGGAACAUUGCAAAAACUUCAGGGAAAUGGUGUGACAAUGAACUCCAGUGCAGUACCAACAGCUGUGGUCUCUGCAGCACAUAUACAAACGAGUCCACAGACCAAGGUUCUUAUGCACAUGACUAGCCAAAUGACGGUCAACCAGGCUCGCAGUGCAGUUAGAACAGUUGCAGUACACAGCCAAGAAAGACCUACAGCCACCGUGAUGCCGAUUCAGGCUCAAAGUUCAGCAUGCCUUAUUCCUGCUGCUGUAAUUAUUCCACACCAUUCUGUUGCCUCCCAACAGCUCCAACCUCAGCUUUCUAAUGCUGCUGCUGCUUAUAUCACUGCUGUGAAUAUCAACCGGACAAAUGUCCCAUUAACUUGUACAGCAUCUUCUCCUGUCACAUCUGCAUCUCUGGAUGGAGAUGCAAAUGGGAGAAUUAUGACUGUUCACCCUGGAGCUCCAGCUUCCCCAGAGAAUACAUUAGCAGUUGGAGGAAUUACUACUGUCAAUAAAUCAGACAGAGAUGGCAAGAAAGAAAAAAAGGGGUUGUUGAAGUUACUUGCAGGAGCGUCUACCAAGCGCAAACCUCGAGCAUCACCACCAUCAUCACCAACUCUGGAAGUUGAGCAGGCAGCUGUGGAGCUGGCCCUACAAGGUGCUGUAGGACCAGAAGUUCCAUCAACUUCUAGUCAUGGAAGAGCUGAGUCCUGCCCUGUGGACAAUGAAACAUCUGCAUCAGUGCAAGAGAAUACUCAUCGGAAAGCAAGUUCUGUGGAUUCCAGUAUUCCUAUAGCUCCCCCUCCACGGCAACCCUGCUCUUCAUUAGCCCCAAUCUUGAAUGAAUGUAGGCCUGUAGUUUGUGAACGAUACAGGGUUGUGGUAUCGUAUCCUCCUCAGAGUGAAGCUGAGCUUGAACUUAAAGAAGGAGAUGUUGUUUUUGUACACAAAAAACGUGAAGAUGGCUGGUUCAAAGGCACAUUGCAGAGAAAUGGAAAAACUGGCCUUUUCCCUGGCAGCUUUGUGGAGAGUAUCUGAGAAGACUCAUUUCAAAUGUUUCAAAUCGCACAGCACUAUAAAAUAGCACAAAUGUUUUACAAGAGAGAGUGCAGCCAUGGAAAACCUUUUAAAUAUCUGUAAUAUAAACAAAUUUAUAGUUUAUGUUUUCCAGUACCCCACAGCACAAUUUUGCCAGCAAAGAAAGAUUAUGAGAGUCUUGCUGGGUGCUUUUUAUUAUUAUUGUUAUUAUUAUUAUUUUGAAAUUUUAAGUGUAAUGUGUGCCUUGUAAUGUCUGAUUUUGUUCUGCACAGGAAGUUUUCUUUGAAAUAUGUAACACAAAAGAGCAAUUGUUUACAAGGCUGUAACUAAUUUAUUCUUGGAUUUCUAAACUUGAAUUCUGUUUUGUAGCUUAAUCUUGGUGAUUAUGAUUAACAAGUUAUUAAUUUAUGAAAUUAGGAAAGGAGAAGCUGGAUUAUCUCCUUAAAUAUAAAGGAAUAGUUUCUGACAGAUUGCUUUCUCCCACUGUGUGUGACAGUGAAGUGAGUUUGUUUUAUGGCUUAAUGUUGGCUGUAAUGAUGGUGAUGUGGUGUCAAAUUGAAUCUGCAAACUGGGAUAAAAUGGUACUGUGGGCUUUUCUUACUUUGGGUGUCAAUGACAUGUAUAAAUUCCCCAGACAGUAUAAUCUUUCUGAAAGGCAAAGAUAUAACAGUACAACAGAGUUAACAUUCUCAACGUGAAAGAGAAAAAUAGAAAAAAAUGCCAGAAAAUGGGAAAUCAUCUUCCUCUAAUUCAUGUCUGUUCAAGAAUUUUGGACCUCUGUCAAGAUUUAGCUUUGAAGAUCUGGCUAGUUCUUUGGAUACUUGGCACUCACAGAAUAUAAAUGAGAUAAAAAGAUGUUAGCAGCAAAACAAUUGGAGAAAUGGGAAAUAGUAAUUAGCUGUAAGAAUUGGGAGGGUUUAAAAUUUAAAUUCAAGUUGCAUUCACUGUCUAAAUGUGCCAAGAAAUGUUGUUUGCUUUUACCUUUUCAAAGUGAUUUGCAUGGCUAAGAGACAAUUUUACCAUGUUUGAGCAAUAGUGGUGGUAAGUGAUACACUUGUGUUUUUAAAGUAAAGGCUGUAAGAACACUGUGAAAAUUUUGCUAAUUUUGUAACUAUUGCUACUUUUAUAUGUCUUAACUACUCAUUGUCUUGCAUGUAUUACCAAAUUAUCACAGGCAUACAAAACAUUGCAUGAUUUAUAGAUUACAUUCCAGUCUCCUGUUGUGGGUUUUUAAAAGUGCCCAUUUGGGGAUGUUAAAUCAAGCAGAUAUCUGCUAGCAAAGAAGCUACUGACCAAGACUAGUGAGUGAGUCCUAAUUAUGUAGAGAAUACUCUAAACCUUCAUAGCAUUUCAGCCAUUAAUAUUUAGAAGUGUAAGAUGUUUGGGGAGCAUGUCCUUUACCACAUUUCAGAAAUGGAAGAACAUACUUGCUCUUAGUUUUCCCCGUUGCUACCUUUUCACUCUUACUCAUCAAACACUAAAAAUUCACUUCUUUACAACAGGGAUGGGGGGAAUGAACACUUCCAUAUCACUCCUUUCUCUGUGCUCCACUACAUGGAAUCACAGGGACCGAGACAAUACAGCAGUGGCAACAUUCUUCAGUUUCCAUCCCAGUAUGUUGAUCUUGGCCUUGGGUAUAUGUGGCGAUAUCAGUUUACAAGUCCCAACAUAGAUGUGGGAGAGGAUUGUGUUCCAGCUUUAUUUAUGAUUCUUGUUACACAUCUCAUUUCAGAUAAAAUGUAACGCUCUUGAAACCUUUUUUUCUGUCCAUCUUUUUGAGGGAGUGAGAGUGGUCUAAAUCUUCUGCCCAGUCCAACUACCAAUCUACCCAUAUCCAAUUACUAAUCUUCCCUCUUCCUCUCCAUUUUAACUGAAGUGGCUGGGAGAGCUAAGCGAGUGGAGUACAAUGGGAAGAUACUCCUUUUUUGUCUCUUGCACAUUCCUCUAGUUUCCUUCUUGAAUUGUUCCCUGACUGGAAGGGAUGGAAACAAAGGAGAUUCUCCUUCAAAUCUUCCCCCAUUCUCAGCUUUUGGAACAGCUUCCCAGCUGAAAAAGGCAAGAGAUUCCCCACCCUCAAGUCCAUCUGUCUUUGCCUUUGAUUCCUCUCAACAAAUACGGAGUUAGGGAGAAGCAAGUUGGCAACUGACAGGCCAGACCCCUGUGUGCCUGGGAACUGGCAGCUGCUAAUUUUUAAAUGAAUCCUGUACGAAAAAUAUAUUUUCAGCGUUUUAAAAAAUGAUUUGGCACUGAUUUGGUAUAUAUAUGAGUUGUAUGUUAUACCAUUGCUUGACUAUAGCAAUCUCAUUACACCAUACACAGCUUUGGCCUGUUUCUACAUCAGGUUUUAACUUGUUACCACCUUUUAAUCUGGUAGGGCUCCUGCUUCUUUAAGCAACAGACAAAAAAAUUAAUCAGUAUAGAUUUUCUUGGCAUAGUUACGCUGUCAUGGGGAAAGCUUCAUCUGUUGAAUUUCUGUCCAUCAUACAGCUGCUAAGGACAAUAACUUAUGAGUAACAGCAGGUGACCAGCACCACUUUCUCAACUAUCAGAAUUGAUGGGCUUGGAAAGCUCUUAUUCCUUUCCAGAAUUGAAUGUGCUGCACAAUAUGAAUUAAAGGAGAUAUAUGCAAUAUACAGGAGAAAAAUACAGACUCGCUGGUAGGCUAAUGAUUUUCUGAUAUAAAACAAUUGAUUUUUGCUUUACAUGUGAGGAGGAAAUUAUUAGCUGGAGGAGUUUCUUGCAAUAUCAAGUAGUUUCAUGAUGGUCUUAAUAUAAAUUAUCUUCUUGAAACAAAUCAUUCCUAAUUUAACACCCAUGUGAGACACUGUACAAGUCAAUUCUUGUGGAUUUUAAAAAGAUUAGUUACUUGAAUAUUCAUGUGAUAUACAAGCUAUUUGAAAUGAACUUUAGUUCAGCAUAACUUGACACUAAUGUGUCAACUUAUUUUCACAAAUUAGUUUUUAUAUAUUAAACAGACUACUGCAAAUAAUUUUUCUUUUCUCCAUAAGGUAGAAUAUCUGUGUGACACAGAUACCUCUAUUCAUAGGGUUUUAUUAUGUAAAGUCUAUCAAAAUAUAAAUGAAUAUGAUAGUGUUGUUAGAUACAAUACAUUUUCUAAUGACUUUUUAAGAAAAGGAAUCACUUUUUGUUUUUAAGGGCUUGUUACACAACAGUACAACAAUAACAAAAAUGCAGUUUUCUAUGCCUUGUGACCUUUAUAAACUUGUGGGAGUUGGGUUAGGGUUUUUUGGCUAGUGUGUCAUCUGGUAUAAGAACAAAACACUCUUUACAUUCAUUUUGUGUAUUUCCAUUAAGAACUUCUGUGGAAAAUUUUAAUGCCUAUAUUUAAGGUCCAGUGAAUGUUACAUGUUUUUCUCUGUUAAAUUUCCAUUCCUAAUAAAUAUUUUCUUAGCAAACAUCUUAAACCUAUUGUGUGUAAAAGACUGUUAAGGUUAAGGGUCAAAUAAUACAUGUUUUGCUUAUCUAUGUUCAUUAAACAAAACAAUAAAACAAAAAUCCAGUUAAGCUACAUAAGAUGAAUUACAAGUGGAGAGAAAAGUCGUUAAGAUGGCUGUGAAGUAAAUGGAGCUUUCCUUGCUGAUGAGCUUCUCUAUCUCUGUCUGAUUCUAUUAAUAUCUGUAGGAGGUAGUUUCUGUGCCAGUCUGCUCAUGCUUUUAUUAAAUCAGUCUAGGUCUGCUACAUGCAUACCAACAGGUAUUUCAGA